ACCCCUCUUCUCCCCCCCCCCCUCUUAAACGUUUCUAUUGCGUUUUUCUGUUCCAUCUUCAGUUGUUAAAAUCGAGGCGACUAGAAAGGUUGUUGCUGGGUGCUCAUUUAUUUGCUUCGCCACGUUGAAAUUUGUAAGGUUCUACAUACAAGGAUACUCUCUCAUCUCUGUAAUUCCGAGUUUACUGAGUUUGUUUCUUCAAAACGCUUUAUAACAUCACCAGAAAGAUAAUGGCUGUAUAUUCAUCAGAGAGAGGUUUGUUCAUAAACGUUGAGAUGUCAUUAACAAGACGAUUGGAUGUGAGAAGUGCAAGUUUCCAUCCAAUCGAGCCCGUUCUAGCGUGCGGCUUAGUAAGAGGAGGAUUAGUUUUACUUCGCGGAUCUAAUCACACCACAACGUUUGAGAAUUGGAAGAUUGAAACCAAACAAUACCAAUGUGAAAAUACAAUUUUAUCCGUCCAAUGGAACGCUGAUGGAACUAAAGUGGCUGCUGGCUCCGAUGAUGGGACUGUCAUCAUUUGGUGUUAUCCAGGGGAUGGCAAACAAGUAUUUCGAAGAAAUGGACGAUCAAACUUUCCGUUAAUUUUUUGGAAUCCAUUCAACCGGGACAUGUUGGCCAGUUAUAACAGUGCGUUGGACACAAACGAGGUGAUGAUUGCCAAUUCAGCAGCUGAAAACCUCCUCACCCACACCAUCAAAUCAAAAUGGAACUGUCAGACGGUGGCCUGGAACUCGCACAAUCAACUCGCCUGUGGUUACGACGAUGGGACGUUUGAAAUUCACGAAAUAGAAUCACGUAACAACCAAUUGAAAAGCAAAAUAGUCCAGAAAAUCAGACACGACCUGGGUGAUAAUGGACGAGUUUACAGCCACAUUUUUACGCCUACCGACUACCAAGUCAAAACACUUAGUUUUGUAACGAGUAUCGCUUGGAACGAAGAAAUGAAUCUUUUGGCUUCAGGUGGAACAGACGAACGAGUCAAGAUUUGGUCGUUGGCCAGUAACGAUCCCAUCCUUGUGCUAAAGCUCGAUUCGAGUUGUAGAAAUUUGGUGUGGAGUUCUGACAUCAAGGAUCAAAAGACGAGAAAAACUUUUAUUGCAUGCGGAUUAGAAAAUGGAAGCAUAGUGAUUUGGCAUCCGUUUGAAGGUGGAAAUCGGACAGAAAAACUCAUAGGACAUGAUCAGAUUUUCCAAUUAUUACCUUCACCAGACGGACGCUAUCUCGCCUCAACUGACUAUUACAAGAAAUUGGUCAUCUGGUCUACCAAGAGUUGGGAGUGCAUAUACAUUUUACCCUCAUCCGAUUUCAUGCUGCAUCCGUACAUGAUGACAUGGGACGCGGCCAGUUGCAGGUUGGCAAUUUCAGAGAGAACAGGCCAGAGACAGUUCAAAGUGAUUCAAUAUAUCGUUGCCAAAAACAGCUGUGCCGGUUGCAAGAAAACUUUUCAAAAUCUGAAGCUAUGCGCCCGCUGCAACUCAGUCCUGUAUUGCAGCAAAGAAUGCCAGCGUUCACACUGGCCCCAUCACAAACUUGCUUGCAAUAAAAAUUGAAUAAGUUUUGACAAAAUUUCACAAGGAAAAGAUAGAGCCCAAUUAAGAAAUUCUCUUGUUAUCAGCUUUCCAUUUUAUAUCUGAAAUUUGAAUUCCGGAAAUUCCGUUUCUCAACCCCUUCUCCGUCCCCCCCAAUUUCUAAACGUCUCUUUUGAUUUACUCCAUCCCCUCUCAGUGUUAACUUUCAAGGAUACAAUAAAGGUUGUCGCUCUCGU